AUGCUGCGCACCAUCGUCAACUACGAUCGCAUAUGCGUAAUGGAUCAGGGCCGGAUCGCGGAGAUGGAUACGCCCUUGAACCUUUGGGACAAGGCAGAUGGUAUAUUCCGAGGGAUGUGUGAUAAGAGUGGGAUUACACGGCAGGAUAUCAAGAAAUAA